AAAACAACCUACCAACGUUUAGCAGAAGGCCACGUGUUGAGAACCCACAUUGCAAGAAAAUGUAGGGAUUCCAUGCACUACAGCAGAUACACAAUAGACCUUUGUAUUUUAAUAGUUAAAGAAUUAGAAAAGUCAGACGACUAAUCACGGGUUUAAACCGUUUUUUUUCUACCACUAUAGUAUAGUACUAUAGUCUCUUUCUUCGUCCCUUAUAUUAUCGACUCUAUCUCCUUACCUCAUUCUUGUUCCCCUCUUAUCAAACUUCACCCCCAACAAGAGUUAUCGAGAGAGAGAGAAAACAUAUUCUGAUUUAAGACAUAUAUAGACAGCAAGAAGAGAUAUGAACCUUAAGGAGACGGAGCUUUGUCUUGGCCUCCCCGGAGGCACUGAAACCGUUGAAAGUCCGGCCAAGUCGGGUGUUGGGAACAAGAGAGGCUUCUCCGAGACCGUUGAUCUCAAACUUAAUCUUCAAUCUAACAAACAAGGACAUGUGGAUCUCAACACUAAUGGAGCUCCCAAGGAGAAGACCUUCCUUAAAGACCCUUCUAAGCCUCCUGCUAAAGCACAAGUGGUGGGUUGGCCACCGGUGAGGAACUACCGGAAAAAUGUUAUGGCUAAUCAGAAGAGCGGCGAAGCAGAGGAGGCAAUGAGUAGUGGUGGAGGAACCGUCGCCUUUGUGAAGGUUUCCAUGGAUGGAGCUCCUUAUCUUCGGAAGGUUGACCUCAAGAUGUACACCAGCUACAAGGAUCUCUCUGAUGCCUUGGCCAAAAUGUUCAGCUCCUUUACCAUGGGGAGUUAUGGAGCACAAGGGAUGAUAGAUUUCAUGAACGAGAGUAAAGUGAUGGAUCUGUUGAACAGUUCUGAGUAUGUUCCAAGCUACGAGGACAAAGAUGGUGACUGGAUGCUCGUUGGUGAUGUCCCCUGGCCGAUGUUUGUCGAGUCAUGCAAACGUUUGCGCAUAAUGAAAGGAUCCGAAGCAAUUGGACUUGCUCCAAGAGCAAUGGAGAAGUUCAAGAACAGAUCAUGAACAAAAAAAAAAGAGGACAAUAUGCAUUGAUUUUUUUUUUUUGGUAUUGUUAUGAUCAUGUGUUUUUAAUUUAAAAUAUUGGAAGUAUAUAGGAAAAUAUAAUUGUUUACGAAAAAAAUAACUUUAAAUAUGUCUUUUUUUUUUUUUUUGAAAUUAGUCUGUGUUUUUGUUUUCAUCUCUUAAUUAGUAGAAAUCAUUUUUUAAUAUGUAAUUGUGAUAGUAAAUCUAUAGAGUUCGUAUUUUUGCUAUUUAAAAUUUAAAAUGCUAAUACUAUAUAUAAUUUAUGAUAGGUAAAUUUACGUUAAAUAAUUUAUCUCCACUUUUCCUACUUUAUUAUUCUUUUCCUCUUUAUUUUCUCAUUUAUUGGCUUUACAGAUUAUAUUUGAAAUUUGUAACUAUUUUUGAUGUAUCUAAAAACAUUUCACAUAACAAUUUCUUAAGAAAACUAAGAAAACUGUUGGUAUAUUUUUUGACUAAAAUGGUUUCCAAAAAGAUUUUGAAACGAACUAAAAUCUUCAUUACAAAACCAAUUUUAAAACUACAAAACAAAUAUUCAUGGUUUUAAGUUUCUUUUUUCUUUCCUAGUUACGUGGGAAUACGUUAUUAAAUUCAGGACCCAUGAGAGGCGUAGGGAACAAGAGCAUGUGCAUAUUCAUGGGUCUUUCAAAUUCAGUCCAUCCUCUUCAUGCUAAUGUGCCC